GGUCGGUUGUGAUUUUUGUUAACAGAGGGGGUUUUGGGCUGUUGUGCAGAUUUUAAAGCCAUUUGAUCACCUUUUAAUGGAUACCUACAAAAGUCUUCUAUGUCUGUCCUAAACCGUUUUUGUUGAACACAUUUCAGCAGCAACCAGUCAGUCCAUGGCCGAUCAGCAUGAGUCAAUUGAUCUCCGGUCUCCUCCAGUGGACCCAUCAGUGGCUGCAGGGAGCUGGUUCCCUGGACCCCCUCCACCCAUGUACACCUGCACUCUGACACCGGAGCUGGUGGCCAAAGCACGAGAAGAGCUCCAGGAGAAACCAGAGUGGCGUCUCCGGGACGUCCAAGCUCUGAGAGAUAUGAUCCUGAAGGAACAGCCCAAUCUCAGGACGAGGCUGGAUGACGCCUUCCUCUUGCGCUUCCUGCGGGCCAGGAAGUUUGACUAUGACCGUGCCCUGCAGCUGCUGCUCAAUUACCACGCUGGCCGUAAGGCUUGGCCCGAGGUUUUCCAGGACUUGAAGCCCUCCACAGUGAAACAUGUCUUGGAUUUGGGCUUUCUCACUGUCCUGCCACAGCCAGACCCCAGUGGACGAUACAUCCUGUGCCUCCGUCCUGGAAAGUGGAAGCCAAAUGAUUAUCCAUUUGUUGACAACGUGAGGGCCAUUUAUCUGACUCUAGAAAAGCUGAUCCAGCCAGAGGAAACGCAGGUGAAUGGUAUUGUCAUCCUUGCUGACUACAGUGGAGUGGGAAUGUCACAGGCUUCCAAUCCAGGCCCAUUCCUUGCCAAAAAAGUUGUGAGCAUCCUCCAGGAUGGGUUUCCAAUCAGAAUCAAAGCUGUUAACAUAAUUAACGAGCCCAGGAUUUUCAAAGGCAUCUUUGCUAUAAUUAAACCUUUUCUGAAGGAGAAGAUGGCAGAGAGGUAUGUCCUUCACGGCUCUGACCUGCGCUCCCUACACCGGAACAUCCCCCGUUCAGUCCUGCCGGAGGAGUAUGGCGGCACAGCGGGCCAAUUGGACAUGUGUGCAUGGUCGAGACUACUGCUGGACUCAGAGGAGGAAUUUAUAGUGGAGUUCUGCCAGCCAGAUCCACUAGAGGGUGUGGUGCUCCCAGACUCCAUGUUGUUUGAAGGAGACCAGGCCAGUGGGCAAGACGAGGACACCUUCAGGGGGCUGCGCUCUCAGCUCUACUACUGUUACUAAUGCAUAUUGUAGAUACACUCCCAUCACUGAGAGGACUUGUUCUGUUUCAUUUGAAACAUGCGUGUAGACUUUUAAUAGGCAAGUUGCCAAUACUAUACAUGAUUUAUUUUAAAUAUCAAAGCAUCACUACUAUAGGCAGAUCUCUAGUUUACACAUAGCCCAGCAUUCACUCAUGAUUCCAUGGCAGCUGCAGGCUCUGGCAAAGAGGUUUUUGACAUGUGUAGCCCUCAUUGGUGGCCUCUCUGAAUUUAUUCCUGGUAUUUGGUAUUUUCCACUUAGGGAAUAUUCUAAAAACAGCUACUUAAACAUACACACAUUUCCUCAGUUUCAGUAUCUGCAUACUGGCCUGCAUGGUUUCAUCAGCCCAUUACUAGGAAAAUACUGAGACAGUUUUUGUGUAUGUAACUGUAUAAUACAUUGCCUUAAACUGUUAUUAAUCAGUAGGUUUUCCUAGGGAUGUAUGUUCAGUCAUGUGUACCAAAGCAAUAUUUUUGUGUAUUUUCAUGAGGGCUUGUCUUACAUAAGAGUAGAUUUACUUCAUCGUUAGCAAGGAAAUAGAUGAUUUCUAUGGCUGAGAAACUGUCCUAGAUAUAAAUAUUUUCACUGAGAUUCAGUAUUUCAGGGCCUUUUUUUGUUUAACAUAUGCUUUAGUUUUCUCUAGCAUGAAUCUUCCAAGAGGAUUAUUUUUUUUAAUUGAGAUAAUCUGCCUUA